GUGGGUCGGAAUUGCGCUCAGCUGUAGCGGCCGAGACCCUUCCCCUCUGGCUGCCGGGCCCGCCCCUGGCCCCGGGCGCCUAGGGAGGGCGUGGGGCAAACUUGGUGCUGCUGUAGGGGGUGAGGUGGGGACUCCACCUCCACUCAUCCCGGGAUAGUGGCAACUGCGGUUGCCUAGCUAAAACUGGGGCGGGGGUGACGACAGGGACAGCCGGGUACCGCGGUCCUCCCGACUCCCCCAGCUCGUUCAGCCGCGGCUGCUGCGGCAGCUCUGUAACACGUCCCCAGGAGACUCGCAGGAGCAACACGUGAUGUGUCUACUUAUCAGGGUUGUUCCAACUCUGUGCUCCAGAAGUGGUGGCUUUAAGGUGUGACCCUGUCCACAUUUGGGACCAGUCCUCGUCAGCUCCUCAACAUAACAAAGAAAACAGUGUAAAGGAGUGAUACCAAGGCAAGAAAAGGGCUCAGCAGAGCCAUUCCUGCUCCGUGUGUAUGACAGCCUCAGCAAGGGACUAUCACUUGGGGCAGAAAAUGGAGUUCUAUAGCAGAGACGUCUUAGAAGCAUAAAAACCUGUCUCGAUGACGUCAAAUUCACCCAUUGGUUUGGAAGGCUCAGACCUGUCUUCCAUCAACACCAUGAUGUCAGCAGUAAUGAGCGCAGCCAGUGUCACUGAGAAUGGCGGGAGCCCCCAGGGCAUCAAGUCCCCCAUGAAGCCUCCAGGACCAAAUCGGAUUGGCAGAAGGAACCAGGAAACGAAAGAGGAGAAGUCUUCCUACAACUGUCCCCUGUGUGAAAAGAUCUGCACCACCCAGCACCAGCUGACCACGCACAUCCGUCAGCACAACACAGACACUGGAGGAGCUGACCACUCAUGCAGCAUCUGUGGGAAGUCACUGAGCUCUGCCAGCUCCCUGGAUCGUCACAUGCUGGUGCACUCUGGCGAGAGGCCUUACAAGUGUACGGUGUGCGGUCAGUCUUUCACCACCAAUGGGAACAUGCACAGACAUAUGAAGAUUCAUGAGAAGGAUACCAACAGCACUACAGCUGCAGCCCCUCCAUCCCCUCUGAAGCGUAGGCGGUUGUCCUCCAAAAGGAAACUGAGUCACGAUGCAGAGUCAGAAGACCCAGGACCAGCUAAAAAGAUGGUAGAAGAUGGGCAUUCGGGUGAUUUGGACAAGAUGACCGAUGAAAUCUUUCACUGCCCAGUGUGUUUCAAGGAGUUUGUUUGCAAGUACGGACUGGAGACCCACAUGGAGACCCAUUCAGAUAACCCAUUAAGGUGUGACAUUUGCUGUGUCACCUUCCGCACACACCGAGGACUGCUGCGCCACAAUGCCCUUGUCCACAAGCAGCUUCCCAGAGAUGCCAUGGGAAGACCUUUUAUCCAGAACAAUCCUUCAAUUCCUGCUGGCUUCCAUGAUUUAGGAUUUACUGACUUCUCCUGUAGGAAGUUUCCUCGAAUCUCUCAGGCCUGGUGUGAAACAAACCUGCGACGAUGCAUCAGCGAGCAGCACCGGUUUGUGUGUGACACCUGCGACAAGGCGUUCCCCAUGCUGUCUUCACUCAUCCUGCACAGGCAGACCCACAUCACUGCUGACCAGGGACGGGAGAAGCUCCAGACCCAGACCCUGGCUGCUGAGGCCUUGGAACAGAAGGCCUUCCUGGCCUUCCUGGGCCUGCAGCACACCAAAGAUGUCAAGCCUGCGCCUGCUGAGGAGUUCCUGCUGGACGACAACCAAGCAAUACAGCUCCAGACCCUCAAGUGUCAGCUACCUCAAGACCCUGGCUGCCCCAGUGUGAUGGCUCUGUCUUCUUUUGAAGCUGCUUCUUUAGGUGGUUCUCUGACAGUCCUCCCAGUUACCAAGGAGAAUAUGAAGCAUCUGUCCCUGCAGCCCUUCCAGAAGGGCUUCAUCAUCCAGCCAGACAGUAGUAUUGUGGUGAAGCCUAUUUCAGGAGAGUCGGCCAUUGAGCUGGCAGAUAUCCAACAGAUUCUAAAGAUGGCAGCUUCCGCUCCGCCACAGAUCAGUCUUCCGACACUUUCCAAGGCUCCUGCCACCCCACUGCAGGCAAUUUUCAAGCAUAUGCCUCCUUUGAAGCCAAAGCCCUUGGUCACACCCCGGACAAUGGUGGCCGCCUCUACACCCCCGCCUCUCAUCAAUACACAGCAGGCAUCCCCAGGUUGUGUCAGCCCUAGCCUUCCUCCACAGUCCCUUAAGUUCCUCAAGGGGUCAGUCGAGGCAGUGUCCAGUGCCCACCUGCUGCAGUCCAAGUCUGGGAUCCAGCCAAACACGCCCACGCAGCUCUUCCCGCAGCAGCCUGGAGUGCAGUUGCCAGGCCAGCCCGAGAUGAAGACACAGCUGGAACAGGACAGCAUCAUUGAGGCCCUGCUGCCCCUCAACAUGGAGGCGAAGAUCAAGCAGGAAAUAACCGAAGGCGACCUCAAGGCCAUCAUGGCAGGUCCCAGUGGCAAGAAGACCCCAGCCAUGCGCAAGGUGCUCUACCCCUGCCGCUUCUGCAACCAGGUGUUUGCUUUCUCUGGAGUUCUGCGAGCCCACGUUCGCUCCCACCUGGGCAUCUCACCCUACCAAUGCAACAUCUGCGACUAUAUUGCCGCCGACAAAGCCGCUCUUAUCCGUCACCUCCGCACACACAGCGGGGAGCGGCCGUACAUCUGUAAGAUCUGCCACUACCCGUUCACAGUCAAAGCCAACUGCGAGCGGCACCUGCGCAAGAAGCACCUCAAGGCCACCAGAAAGGACAUUGAGAAGAACAUAGAGUAUGUGAGCAGCACCACAGCAGAGCUGGUGGAUGCCUUCUGCUCCCCAGAGACCGUGUGCCGACUGUGCGGAGAGGACCUGAAGCACUACCGCGCUCUGCGCAUCCACAUGCGCACACACUGCAGCCAGGGCCUGGGCGGCUGCCACAAAGGCCGGAAGCCCUUUGAGUGCAAGGAAUGCAACGCCGCCUUCGCAGCCAAGCGCAACUGCAUCCAUCACAUCCUCAAGCAGCACCUGCACGUGCCGGAGAAGGACAUUGAGAGCUAUGUGCUUGUCACAGACAGCGGCCUUGGCCCCGCAGACACGCCCGCAGACGCCUCUUCCAGAGAGGAGAGCAGCUGUGUCACUUUUGCUGAGUGCAAGCCCCUCACCACGUUCCUGGAGCCCCAAAAUGGCUUCCUUCACUCGAGCCCCACCCAGCCCCUGCCUCCCCACAUCUCUGUCAAGUUGGAGCCAGCCAGCAGCUUGGCCAUGGACUUCAACGAACCCCUUGACUUUUCGCAGAAAGGCCUGGCACUGGUCCAAGUGAAGCAGGAAAAUAUGUCCUCCUUGCUGAACUCUUCCUCCUCCGCCGCCCUCUACGACUGCUCCAUGGAGCCCAUUGACCUGUCCAUCCCCAAGAACGUCAAGAAAGGAGACAAGGACACAGUUGUUCCCAGCGACGCCAAGAAACCGGAACCGGAAGCUGGGAACGCUGAGCAGCUCUCUGCCUCCGCACCACCCUGCUCUACCUUGUCCGUGACUGUGGAGCCCAAAGGGAGCCUGGAAACGCCCUCAGGCACUGUGGUGGCCGUCACCACGGCUGCCAAGCUGGAAGCCCACACUCAGCCCCUCCAGGGCUCUGUGCAGCUGGCUGUGCCCUUCUACCCCUCAGCGCUCGUCAGCAACUCUCCCCUCUUGGGCAACUCUGCCGCCCUCUUGAACAACCCAGCCUUGCUUCGGCCCUUACGGCCAAAGCCUCCCCUCCUCUUGCCAAAGCCCUCAAUGACAGAGGAGCUGCCACCACUGGCCUCCAUUGCCCAAAUCAUCUCUUCUGUGUCCUCAGCCCCUACUCUGCUGAAAACGAAGGUAGCCGACCCAGGGCCAUCGAUCACCAGCAGUAACACUGUGGCCACAGAUAGCCCAGGAAACUCCGUCCCCAAAGCCACCAUUACUCCCACUGAUGUCACCAGCUCUAAAGAAUCCAGUGACCCACCCCCUACAGCCAGCAGCCCCGAGGAAGCCUUGCCUACUGACCAAGGGCCAGCAGCCUCAUCGAGGAAGAGGGGUAGGAAGAGGGCAACGAGAAACCGGCCCCUCCCCAACAGCAGUGCUGUGGACCUGGACUCCAGUGGGGAGUUUGCUAGCAUCGAGAAGAUGCUGGCCACCACAGAUACCAACAAGUUCAGUCCCUUUCUGCAGACAGCAGAGGAUGACACUCAGGAAGAGGUGGCUGGAGCCCCUGCCGACCACCAUGGCCCCACUGAUGAGGAGCAAGGUAUCCCUGCCGAAGACAGGCUGCUGAGAGCAAAGCGGAACUCCUAUGCCAACUGCCUGCAGAAGAUCAACUGUCCCCACUGUCCCCGGGUCUUCCCUUGGGCCAGCUCCCUCCAGAGGCACAUGCUUACACACACUGGUCAGAAACCCUUCCCUUGUCAAAAAUGCGAUGCCUUCUUUUCUACCAAAUCUAACUGUGAACGUCACCAGUUGCGCAAACACGGAGUUACCACCUGCUCCCUGAGAAGAAACGGGCUUAUUCCCCCAAAAGAGGGUGAUGUUGGAUCCCAUGAUAGCACAGACAGCCAGUCAGACACAGACACAUUGACCACCCCAGGUGAGGUGCUGGAUCUCACAGCACAGGAUAAAGAACAGCCACCAUCAGGGGGAGCCAGUGAGCUCAGCCCAGCUCCGCAGGACAUUACCGAUAAAGAGGCCAAAGCAGAAGCAGCACCCCCUGAGAAGGAGGAAGAAAAGGAAACAGAGGAGAACCCAGAGCCAGAGGAAGAGAGUCACACGGAAGAGAGCGCCAGGGAUGCGGAUGCCCCAGAGGAAGACACGGCCAGCAACCAGAGCCUGGAUCUUGAUUUUGCCACCAAGCUGAUGGACUUCAAGCUGGCAGAGAGUGAGGCAGGCACCGUGGACAGCCAGGGCCCGGGCCAGCAGGAGCCGAAGCACACCUGCGAUACCUGUGGAAAGAGCUUCAAGUUCCUGGGCACCCUAAGUCGCCACAGGAAGGCACACAGCUGCCAGGAGCUGAAGGAGGAGGCAGCGGCACCUUCGCUGGAGAACGAAAGCGUUGGCAGAGCGGUUGAGGGGCCCUCGCCUUCCCCUAAGCCUGAAGAGAAGCCUGCCGAAUCCCCAGCAGUAGGUCCAACACUAGGCACCAGGGAGGACUCAGUGGAGAAACAGAAUGAAGAAACAGAGGGUCCCUCUGAUGGGAAAGGUACGGCUGAGAAGAGGGGUGACGGUGGCAAAAGACCAAAGACAGACUCCCCCAAAAGCAUGGCCAGUAAGGCAGACAAGAGGAAGAAGGUUUGCAGUAUAUGCAACAAGCGGUUCUGGUCCCUGCAGGACCUCACCCGGCACAUGAGGUCACACACAGGGGAACGGCCAUACAAAUGUCAGACCUGUGGGCGAACCUUCACCUUAAAGCACAGCCUCGUUCGACACCAGAGGAUCCACCAGAAAGCCAGGCACAGCAAGCACCAUGGGAAGGACAGCAGCAAGGAUGAGCAGGUUGAGGAGGACAGCGAGGACGAGUCCACCCACAGUGCUAACAACCCUGCCUCGGAGAACGAGGCCGACUCGGCUCCUAGCACCAGCAACCAUGUGGCUGUCACCAGGAGCCGGAAAGAGAGCUUGGGCCAUUCUGGGAAAGAGGAGAAAACCGCAGCGGAGCAGGCAGCUGAGCCCAGUGCCCCCAAAGAGCAGGCGUCACCAGGUGAAACAGACCCCCAGAGCCCAGCAGCCACUGUGCAAGACUUGCUGGAGCUGUGUGGCAAGAGGCCUGCCCCAAUCCAGGCGGCCACCGACGGUGCCUCGCAGCUCUUGGGCACCGAAUGACGGCCUGCCUUGUCUCCAUCAUCACUCAGACAGAGCCAGCAGAGUAUCCCGAUGUAGAUUUCACAAGGUUUUCUCAGCAUCCUUCAGCUGUCUGUGGAGAGAGAGGAAAGAGGGCGAGAGAGAGGCAGCAGGCCUGUGGCCAACCGUCCUGUGCCAUAGCCUUACACGUGACCCGGCCCCAGGGCAGCCGGCCCCAGGGCAGCCGGCUCCAGUGCCUUAACUACUUAUGGGUCCUCCCACGUCAUCGUGGGGGUCACCCCUCCAAAAAAGAAAAAAAGAAAAAAACAGACGUUUUAACAAAACAUAUUUUAAUGAAAUUUUCAGAGGACCUUUUCAUUUAAGCAUUAACAUUACCUUUUGUA